CAUUUUGCAGAGAGAAGAGAAGAAAUUAAACUAGAAAAAUAAUGAUCAAUUGACAAAGAUGGUUCAAGUGGCCCUUACCACAUACAAUGCUGCUGAAUCUCCCUCACCACUGAUCAUGAACAUCGUCAUCUAGCUACUUUGAAGACCCUUUACUUCGCUUCUUCCUGUAGCUAAGAUAUUGUCCAGUGCAAUUUCAAGACACCCAGAAAAGUAUAUAUAUAUAUAAAUUUCUAUUUUUAUAUUUAUAUAUAUAAUUUAUAUAGACAUGUAUCCAUCAAACACUUGGAAUAUUGGCAAUGACCCCAUCUCCUUUUCUCAUGACCAAUCUCUUUUUUCUCACACUAAGCCUUGUUUUCUCAACGAAACAUGUAACAAUAUUGUUAUUAACGCUAACACUACCCCCAAUUCCAAACAACCAUUUUUCUACUUCCCUUCUUCCCCUUUGUUUGAAGAUGACUAUGACAGCCUUCUUCUUCCUCACUUGACCCAGCCCUUAGCCAUGAGGGAAAAUAAUAAUAAUAAUAUUUUAAGUACUACAGACAAAGCUGCCCAUGUAGGGGUAUCAGCUGAGCCUAACAAUAACAAUAAAGAUCCCAUGAAUCCCACCAACGACCUGCAGCAGCAGCACCGCCACCACCAUCAUCACCAGAAGGAAGAUCUUUCAGAUUUGAGGAAAAAUCACAUCAGAUACGAUGAUGAUGAUGAUGAUCGUGAUCAGCUAAAACUGAUCCCGAGGAAAAAGAUGAUGGCCAAGAAAGAUCGGCACAGCAAGAUUAUGAUGACCACAGGGAAACGACCUAGGCACAGAAGAAUGAGAUUAUCCCUUGAAGUUGCUCGUCAGUUCUUUGACUUGCAAGACAUGUUGGGCUAUGAGAGGGCUAGCAAGACUGUCGAGUGGCUGCUCAUCCAGGCCAGAUCCGAGAUAAAAAAACUCGCCAGGAAAUCGAGUACUGCAUCUACUACUCCUAUGAAUAUUGCUGCAGGGUUAGAGAAGAUCACGAAUUCUAGUACUAAUUCGGGGGCUAACUCAGACUGCGAAGUGGUUUCCGGAUUGGACGAGGUUGCAGUUAAUGGAGAUUCUUCCAAAUCUUUGGCUAAAGAGAUGAAGAAGAGACAAAUAGUGUCGAGGCCAAGAUGUGGAUUCAAGCGGCCGAGAGAGUCGAGGGACAAGGCCAGGGAGAGGGCAAGAGAAAGGACCAAACAAAAGCACAUGAGGGGUAAAAGGGCACUGUUAGCAGUCGUUGACCAUCACCAACUUGAUAACCAAGACCUAACAAGCCAUGGAUUGAGGUCUUGGAGUUUGGAAACUGGAGAAGAAGAAUCUGGAACCCAUUGCCAUAGUGGCCAAAAUAUUAACUCCUUGGAGGCUGUAGUACUACAAGCUAGCAAUACUGACCAUCAUCAUGAAUUUGAGGAGCCAUUAACGACUUGGCAUAAUGGCCAAGAGCAAUACCGUAAUACUUGUACUCCGGCUGCACCUAAUUUGGUCGAAGAGUGUUCUUUCUUGAAUGUGGGAAAGUACUAUUGGAGCUCAUGUCCCAUUUUCAAUUAUUUUCAGAGCACUACCACUUCUGGAUCCAUCGGGUCAAUCCCGCAAGAACAUCAGUUUUUGGACUUUCAAUUCUUUGGCUAAGCUUGGAAGGCCUCCAACAACCACAACCAGCUGUGCUAAUUACUUGGGUUAUUUCUGAUUCUCUCUCUUGAUGAUGAUUAUGGUAUGUCAUGAACUGAAGAAUAUUUGACAAACUAUGUUGUGCACAUAUUUGUUUUUCUUUAUUAUGUUUGGCGUAUAUGUAAUAUUUAUGGGAAGAUUAUUUAUCUACCCUAUAAAUUUCUGGAUAUUAUUUUUCAAUUUUCUACUUAUGAACUACAAUUAAUGAUUCAAAUCAUCAGUUAUAUAUGA